GCCUUCUCACCCAGAGUAGCUGCUGCCUUCCUGCCUGUCCCACCAAGCUGCCACCAUGAGCUUCUCCAACCAGAGGGUCUCCUCGUACCGCCGUACCUUCGGCGGGACAGCUGCCCCUUCCUUCGCAUCCCCUUCCUUCCCACGGGCUUCCUUCGGCACCAAGGGCUCUUCUUCCAGCUCCAUGUCCUCUCGGGUAUACCAAGUGUCCCGUAGUGCUGCAAUGCCCACCCUUUCUAGCUUCCGCUCAAGCUACUCAGCCCCACUGCGUUCAGCCUAUCAAGGCGCCGGCGAGGUCCUUGACUUCUCCCUAGCUGAUGCCAUGAACCAGGAAUUCCUGCAAACCCGUACAAAUGAGAAAGUGGAGCUGCAGGAACUCAACGACCGCUUCGCCAAUUACAUUGAGAAGGUCCGUUUCCUGGAGCAGCAGAAUGCCCUCAUGGUGGCUGAAGUCAAUCGACUCAAGGGCAAGGAGCCCACGCGCAUCGCCGAGAUGUAUGAGGAAGAGCUGAGGGAGCUGAGGCGCCAGGUGGAGCUGCUGACCAACCAGCGAGCACGGGUGGAUGUGGAGAGGGACAAUCUGCUGGAUGAUCUCCAGAAGCUGAAGCAGAGGUUGCAAGAGGAGAUUCAUCUUAAAGAAGACGCAGAAAACAACUUAGCUGCUUUCAGAGCUGAUGUUGAUGCAGCCACUCUGGCCCGUAUUGACUUGGAGAGGCGUAUCGAAACAUUGCAGGAAGAAAUUGCUUUCCUCAAAAAAGUGCAUGAAGAAGAAAUUAGAGAAAUGCAAUCCCAGCUGCAAGAACAACAAGUCCAGGUGGAGAUGGACGUGUCAAAGCCAGAUCUGACCGCAGCACUGCGUGACAUCCGUGCCCAGUAUGAGAACAUUGCUGCAAAGAACAUCUCUGAAGCAGAAGAGUGGUACAAGUCCAAGGUGACUGACCUGACUCAGGCAGCAAAUAAAAACAAUGAUGCCAUUCGCCAAGCCAAGCAGGAGAUGAUGGAGUACCGGCAUCAAAUCCAAUCAUUCACCUGUGAGAUUGAUGCUCUGAAGGGCACGAAUGACUCUCUGAUGAGGCAGAUGAGGGAGAUGGAGGAGCGCUUUGCUGGCGAGGCUGGCAAUUACCAGGACACAAUCCAGAGGCUUGAAGAGGAGAUCAGGCAUUUGAAGGACGAGAUGGCACGGCACCUGCGCGAGUACCAGGACCUGCUCAAUGUCAAGAUGGCUCUUGACAUUGAGAUUGCCACUUACCGCAAGCUGCUGGAGGGUGAAGAGAGCAGAAUUUCACUGCCCAUUCAAACUUUUUCUGCCAUCAACUUCCGAGAGACCAGCCCAGAGCAGAGGAGCGCUGAGGUCCAUACCAAAAAAACAGUGACCAUCAAAACCAUCGAGACACGUGAUGGGGAGGUGGUCAGCGAAGCCAUGCAGCAACAGCAUGAAAUGCUGUAGGUCUUGUAACUCCCAGAGCCACUUGGCCCAUCUCAACCCUCUCCUUCUCAUGUGCAAAAAUCAGGGGAUGCCAGUUCCCACACCCCCCUUUUGUAAGAGCACCACUGGACAACCUCACCCGCUCAACUGAAUGUACAAGAAGCCUUCUGUGUUGCCCAAAGCCUCUCUCCUUCGGCUCCCUUUCUGCACUCCCUUUCCUUUC